UCCUCACAGGUAACAUCUCCUGGAGGCAAUGUAGUUAAUUCUUUGAAAGGAACAUCAGGGGACAAGUUUGAAUUUAAGGCUCCACGAGCGGGAAUGUAUAAAUUCUGCUUCCACAAUCCUUACUCAACUCCAGAGACUGUAUCUUUCUACAUCCAUGUUGGUCAUAUCCCCAAUGAGCAUGACCUUGCAAAAGAUGAACAUUUGGACCCAAUAAAUGUCAAGAUUGCCGAGUUGAGAGAGGCUUUGGAGUCUGUCACAGCAGAGCAGAAGUACCUAAAAGCGCGUGAUUCCAGGCAUCGCCACAGUAAGCUCAUCUCUCUCUACCUC